AUGACACCAAAAUCAUUCACGGGCGGUUGCCAAUGCUCGCUCCUCCGCUACCGGAUCCUAUUUCCUCCUCCUCCAAACACAGUCUCUAUCACGCACUGGUACCUUCCAUCCCUCCCGAAGAAGCAUCGAUGAGCGUACUGAUUCAGACAGCACAUCCCCGAACCACCAAAAAACGCUCACGAGAACAACCCUCCACAUAUCCUCCUCUCAGGUUCAAUUAGUCUCGCUAGCUGCUCCCCCGCCCCCGCCGCCAACCGAUGCUACACAGACACUGCAAGUCCCCAGGAUUCCCAGGGCGGUAUACCUCCCCGACGCGCGGCCCCGUUGUGCGGUGACGGAAGGGCAACCGCCGGGAUAUGAAGACCCGGGAGGACAAAGAGGGGGCGGGGUAGGAUGGCCGUAUCGGGAGUUUGAGUAUAUGGGUGGGAUAAGGGGUUUCUGUGCGCACUGUGGAGGGGUGGUGCUUGUUUGGGGGUGUACUGAUGGAGGCGGUGAUGGCGGUAAUGUCAAGGUGGAGAUCGAAAUGGGGAGUUUGGAUGCGCCGGGGGAGGUUUUCGGGAGUUUUUCUGAUGGGGGUGGGGGGGUUCGGGCCUGUUGUGAC